CCGGGAUACCUGUGUCCUAGGACUCCAACUGACGAGGGGGUGGAUUUUCGUGACUCGAGAGGUUUUGACAUAUUAGCAUAGAAAUAUAGAAUGGAUCCCACUAUUGUAGUAAUCUCUGGAGUGGUUGUCAUGGUAACAUGGUAUAUUAUGAGKCCUUCAAAAUCACAAAAUAUCAGGAUUAAAAAACUUGGAAAACCUGAUUUUCCUGUACAAUACAAUGUGCAUGACCUGAAUAUUCCAAGAGUUAGUGGAGUAGCUAUGCUAUUUGUCAAGUGGUUAGCUAAAACUAGUGCCAAGUAUAUUAUAGGACCAAGAAGUAUUAGUAAUUCUAACCUGGACAUAUUUCGAACUAUGGAAAUCCCAGAUUGUCCAACAAUUAUCCCAUUACCAUUACCUUCUUGGAGUCCUCCAAGUGUUCAAGAACAAACAAUAGAUUUUGUCCAGUACUUAAAGCAGCCCAAAAGAUAUCACAAGAAUUCAUUCUCCUUUGUCACCAUUGCGGAUUUAACUAAUGCAUACAGGCAGAAACAUAUUACUCCAUUAGAUGUAGCAAAUAAUAUCAUAAGGUGCAUUGAAGAUUCAGAUAAAAGAAGUCCUAAAAUGAGAGCUUUCACUCAGUACAAUAUUGAAGAAAUCCGUAAGAUGGCCAAAGAAUCUACUGAAAGGUAUAAGAAUGCCAAAACUUUAUCAUUCCUAGAUGGUGUUCCAGUUGGAAUCAAAGAAGAAUAUGAUGUGGUGCCAUAUUAUCUCUACAAUGGCACAACAUGCUGGACAGAUGAAGUAUGCCAAGAAGAUUCAUCAGUAGUGAAAAAACUCAGAGAUGGAGGAGCCAUGAUUGUUGGAAUGACUAAUAUGCAUGAGAUUGGCAUUGGAGUAACUGGAAACAAUUGCAACAGGCUACAUGGCACCCCCAGAAAUCCAUAUAAUGUUAACUWUUACACGGGGGGGAGCUCAAGCGGCUCUGCAGCUGCUGUUGCUUCAGGAUUGUGUCUAGUUGGACUUGGCACUGAUGGUGGAGGCUCGAUACGAAUGCCUGCUGCAGCUUGUGGAGUUGUAGGAAUGAAAGCUUCUUUUGGACGCAUUAACAAAGCUGGUGUUGUYCAUAUAUGUCACACUGUCAGUCACACAGGUCCRAUAUGUAAUAAUGUCACUGAUGCUGCUCUUGUUUAUGGAUUUAUUGCUGGAAAAGAUGAACAGGACUUUUGCACUCUGAGUCAACCUCCAGUUACUCUUCAAGGUUUUGAUCAGACUUUAAGCGGUAUUAGAAUAGGCAUUGAUGUGGAUUUCUUUGAGCACACAGAUGUUGAGGUGUAUAACAAAUGUUAUGAAGUGAUUAAAGGCCUUGAGCAGCUUGGCUGUAAAAGAGUUACAAUUCAAAUCCCUGAGUUAGAGGAAACACGUGUCGCCCAUGCAAUUACCAUCAUGAGUGAGAUGUCUACUGGGAUGGUCAACUACUUCGAAAGAUGUUAUAGUGAGCUGAAUACGGACUCUGUAUUAGCACUUGGAAUAGGAAAACAGUUCACCGCAAUGGACUUCAUUCAGGCACAAAAGCAAAGAACUCGAGCCAUGAUCUUCUUAGAAGAAAUAUUUCAAAAAGUUGACUGCAUCAUUACGCCAGCCUUAGGAACCAAAGUUCCCGUGAUUCGUGAGGACGCCAUUAAGUAUGGAGAGGCUAACACGGUGGUAAUGGGGAAAAUGAUGAGGUUCAUGUCGCUAGGCAACCUUACUGGAAUUCCUGGAAUGACACUUCCGGUUGGCUAUGAUGACAAUGGCCUACCCAUCAGCCUCCAGAUCAUGAGUGGCUGGUGGCAAGAGCACGUGAUGUUGAGAGUUGCUAAGGCAACAGAAGGAUUAGUUGAUAGGCGUCGACCCGAGGUCUUUUAUAACAUUAUGGAUUAGGAAUCUUUGAAAUGCAGUAAAACCAAGUAGAGAAACGGCAAGAAUUGCACUGUUUCUUAGCUCACAUCUCAAUUACAUCGUUGGUAAACAAACCCUUAAAUAAAAAAAAAGCGCGA